UAUAUCUAGCAGACUACCUGCUGAGCGUGGAGCCUGACUCCAGGGGCUUGACUCGGGGCUUGAUCUCACAACCCUGAGAUCAUGACCUGAGCCGAAACGAAGAGUCAGACAUGUAACUGACAGCCACCCAGGCGCCCCUGCAGGUAUGUUUUAAAUUUACCACACACAUUUACCAUUUGUCUUUUCUGUGGUGUUCUACAUAUACUAAUCUUUCCCUUAUGAAUGGAUUCUACCCUACUUUCUUUCUAAUGCUGUUGGUACAGUCUGGGAGUGCUGGCUGUGGGAGACUUACCUGAAACCUAACUAUAGAGAAAGAAAAGUGACAUUGAAAAAGAAGGUCCUAAAUCACCAAUGUCCCUUUGCUUUUUUUUUUUUUUAAUGUGCCACUUCCCUAACACCAAAACCUUUAGUCUCUUGCUGUUUCUUGGCUUAUCAAAUUGUUGAAACUCCUAUGCCUGGCUUUUAAGAGCCUUCGUGCUGGCUGUCCUUUUUAAGGUAAUAUACUUUGUUUCUGUUUUUUUAACUAGUAGACACGUGUAUCCACAAUUAAGCUCUUAUCCUUUCAUCUCCAAACCCACCCUUUUAUACCAAGCUCAGUGAUGCUGGGGCCAAGAUUCUGCAAGCACAUUUCAUCUUUGCCAGCUGCCCCCUGUUAGGGGGCGCUGGAGGGAGACUGGAAGACUGAAUAACAAAGAAGAGAUUGCUCCUUCCUGUUUAUUCAUGGAACUUUCUGGAAGCUUCCUGUCAACUUGCAGUUUUUCUAAGGGGGUCCACAAACACCUUCACCUCAGCAGAGGCGGUUCCUUCCUGCAGCAGCUCAUCCAAUUUGCAGCUUUACCAAAGCUUGGAGAGUCAGCUUCAUUGUAUUUUCCCCCCGCCGCCCCCCCCCCCAACAGUGCCAGCUGGAUACUUCUCUUCCUCAGGCUUCAUGGAUCUGUUUGGAGACAUAGAUGACAUUUCUUCAGAGAGCGAUGGGGACAGUGAACAAACUAUUCCAGGGCAGCCUGCUGAUGAACAUGGAGUACCUCAGGACCAACAGGAGGAAGAGCCGAUUUCUGAAACCAGAAUAGAAGUAGAAAUGCCCAGUAUCAACUCUGAUUUAGGAAAUGAAUUGUACUUUGUUAAACUACCUAAAUUUCUCAGCAUAGAACCCAAACCUUUCGAUCCUCAGUAUUACGAAGAUGAAUUUGAAGGUGAGAAAGUGCUUGACGAGGAAGAUAGAACCAGGUUAAGAUUAAAGGUAGAAAAUACGAUAAGAUGGAGGAAACGCCGGGACGAGGAAGGAAAUGAAAUUAAGGAAAGCAAUGCUCGGGUGGUCAAGUGGUCAGAUGGGAGCCUUUCCCUGCAUCUAGGCAGUGAAGUGUUUGAUGUCUACAAAGCCCCAAUGCAGGGCAAUCACAGCCACCUGUUCGUUCGAGAAGACACUGGUCUACGGGGACAAGCUGUCUUUAAAUCCAAACUCACCUUCAGACCUCACUCUACAGACUGUGCCACACACAGGAAGAUGACCCUGCCACUUGAUAAGAGAUGCUCAAAGACACAGAGGAUUAGAAUCUUACCGAUGGCUGGGCGUGAUCCUGAGUGCCAGCGCACUGAAAUGAUGAAGAAAGAAGAACGUUUGAGGGCUUCUACUCAUGAGACAUCCCGUCCAUGGGAGAAGCAGAACCAGCAGGGCCUGAGUGUCCCCUACCAGGACCGUAACAGUGUCCACGAGGAGGAGGAAGACGCCGAAGCCAUUAAAAACCAUUACCAAGGGGAGCUCCAAGGAGGUGAGGCCUCCGGAAAGAGGAAAGCGGGGCGUGAAGAGGAAGAAAACGACUGAAGUAUGAAAUGUGCCUUCAUUGUAUACAUUGUACUGACUCUUGAGGAACACAGGUUUGAACUAGACGGGUCCACUUACAGCCUUUUUUUUUUUUGAUAAAUAUGGUACAGUGCUGUAAAUGUAUUUUCUCUUCCUUAUGGUUUUCUUAAUAAAUUUUCUUUAGCUUUAUUAUAUACAUUUAACAAGCAAAACAGGUAUUAGUCAACAGUUUGUUAUCAGUAAGGCUUCUGGUCAGCAGUAAACUAUUAGUAGUUAAGUUUCUGGGGAGGCAAAAGUGAUAGAUUUUCAACUGUGCAGGGAAUUGGCGCUCCUAACCCCAUUACUCAAGAGUCAGCUGUAUAUUGUUUUCAACAGUUUGUUUUAAAGCAAUGAGGACAUGACUUGUUUUGACUGAAAUGAUGAGUUGAGUCGCUUUUGCAUAAUCCUAGUUGUGAAUAAAAAAUGUUCAGAAGCAAGAGUCUGUGACUUUAGAAAAUCUAUUUUUCCCUGACAAGAAGCUUAUUUUGGUAACUGCUCUGGGUCUUAGGUUUUUGUGCAUUUUGGCUGCGCUGCCCCAUCUCAUCCUCCUGGCUGGGCCCCAGAGGUGGGCUUCUGUUCAGGUCAGGUAUCGCCUCUUCGGGGAUGUCCUCCUGUCCUGCUAA